GUAUAGGCGUUGAAGUGGGUGGUUGUGCGUUCCAUCAUCUCUUAGCCGGCAUGGCUGGGGCGACUUCGAAGAAACUCUGCUUACGAUUUUAGACCGAUAGAUGACGUUCUAUCAUGAAAUCGUGUUUGUUAAUUUGGGAGUGAAGAAAAACGAUCUUAUUUGCCUGUUUUGCUUGGUUGAGUGACUUAGGCUUACUUCUAAAGUCGAAACACAGAAUUAAUCAUUUUCAUCCGAAGUUGCCGUCAUCUACGACAUCAUUGAGACCGCGAUGGUGGGCGAGAUGGCGCUGCUGCCGCCGAGAUCCUCACUCGAUCUGAGUGUCGGGGGGCAGCAAGUAACUGUCGAUGACGGGGACCUACUUGCUCCACUCUCCAGUCCCCUCACGGUCAAGCCCCUCGAUGGAGAGUGCAUUUACGAGUGCAUUGGUAUCGUACCGUCCACCGUAACGCCGUCCACAGGAGCGAGUGUGUCCGUCCAAGAACUGAAAGCCAAUUGGGAAUUACCGCCUCCUCCGGACUGUGCUCCCCCGCCACCUCCUCCAUUUACUAACACUUCCUCAGUACCUACCUCGUGGGAUCCUCCAUCUGCUCCUCACGAUCCCUCUUUCUUCCCCGACCCUCCACCUCCGAUCGCAAGCACAUCGUCUUUCUCUACCCAAACGGACAAAACAUCUUUCAAGAACAACUCAAAAUCCAAACACAAAGCCAACGUUUCACAACCAACGAACAUUACAAAUGACAGAUUGGCUGCAGAAGACGUGCCUGAAAAAUUCCACCCGAAUGGGGUAAUAGUUGAGGAUGGAGACUUGAUGUGCGAAACUGGGAGGAGUCGGUCGGUGAUGGGAGGGGAUGAAGGGCUAGGGGAAGAAGAAGAGCCGAUCGAGGAAGAGUUCGAGGAGGAUGAGGAAGAUGAUGAUGGGAGCUUCACUGUACACUUCGCACAUCACGGCAGGAAGGAAAGUGAGUACGGUUUACUCGUAGAAUCGUGUCCAAUAUUGAAAAAGUUGCAAGCAUUACUCGUUGCCUAA